UUGCUUCUGCCACAGCCAGAGUCCAGAGUCUGGGUCUGGGUCUAAGACAGAGUCUGAGCAUCAUCUGAGUCUGUCUUGGUUUCGGUUUCGUUUUCGUUUGUUGAUUGUCGUUUUCGGUUUCAUUUUCGAACUCCGUUUGUCAGUUCGUUGGCGCGUUCGCACGUAUCGAGACGUGUGCACGGAUCCCAAACCUAUCGCUUGGUCGCUUCGUCGCUUUGUCGUUUCUUGGCCAACAUAGGCUCGUCGCUUUGCUAUUCGGGUCAAUGCUGUGCUCUGCAUUGCCAACGUUAUGCUAAUUACCGAAAGGAUACAAAUCAUAGCAUACAUCAUCGGUUACAAUCUCUUUGGCAAGACGACUACUCCGACUGCGACACCGACACCGUUCGUCCACCUCCGUUGCUAAAUUCUUCGCCGAGUGCUUUCAAAAACCACAACUGAAAUCAACUGAAAUUCACCUUCGAAGAAUAUCCAAUACACAAAAAAAUAUUUAUUUAAAAUAUCAAUCAACAACAAAUUUGCAAAACGUGCCAAAUAUAAUUUAAAUCUAUUUAUUUUGUUUAACAAAGAGCUAAUAAGUCUAACUAUAUAAAUUAUUAAGUCGUUUAAUUUAAAAAUACCCCCAUAAAAACACACACACUACAACACACGAGCGUUGCCGCAGGAGCAGCCAAUCGACUGCUUCAGCAUGACUAAGCAACAAAUGCUUUUUAGUUUAAUUUUAUGCUGCCUUAGUGCUUCCAGCCUGUCCCUACGCAUCCCCGAAGACCUCGAGAAUGGCGCCAUCAAUGCGCUGCACUCCGAGCGUGCCCGCUCCUUGACCCAAUGCAACCCCACCCAAACUGGUGAAGGCAGCGUUGCCGGCGAUUAUGAUGUCUGCCCGCCCAGCAAGUACCGCCAGCCCACGGCCGAGUGCAACAAUGUGUCGCACCGCAAGUGGGGCGCCCGUGGGGACAUCUUCCAGCGCCUGCUCGAUGCCGACUAUGCCGAUGGUGUGAGCCAGCCGAGAAGCUCGCGCGGCACCCAUGCCCUGCCCGAUGCGGAGCUGGUGAUUGAGCAGCUGCAGCGCCAUGUGGAGAGUGAGCUGCGGCAUCCGCACAUCACCGCCAUGCUGCCGGCCUGGGGCCAGCUGCUGGCCAACGAUCUGUACGAGGUGGGACAGCUGCCCAUCAGCGGCAAGUGCUGUGAGCGCGAGGCAGCCGUCAAGGAUCCCAGCGAGCUGCAGCAAUGCUUUGUGCGUGCCGGACCAGACUGCAAGGAGUACAAGCGAUCAGCGCCAGGAUUUGACUCUGAGGCGUGCCAGAAACAUACCCGCCAGCAGAUGAACAUUGCUUCGGCGUACAUCGAUGGCUCUGGCUUGUACGGCUCCACGCGUCAUGAAUUCGAUCAGCUGCGCACCUACAUCAGUGGCGGAGUCAAGGUGGAGUCCUGCAGGCACUGCCAGGUGGCUGGUGCCACUGGGGCACUACAUCGGGCGCUGUUGCAGCAACACAACAACAUUGGCGAACAGUUGGCGCACAUCAAUCCGGAGUGGUCCGAGGAGGAUGUCUUCCUCGAGGCCAGACGCAUCAUCACGGCCACCAUUCAGCACAUUACCUACAACGAAUUUCUGCCGUUGGUCUUGGGCCAAGAGACCACCGCCAAGGAGGGUCUGCGACUGACUGCAGAGAAGCAUUCCUCGAACUAUUCGAGCUCCGUGCGUGGCGGCAUCUACAAUGAGUUUGCCACCAGUGCCAUGCCCGCCUUCUGGAGCAUGUAUCCCCCUGAAAUGCUGGCCAAGAAGAUGUCCGCCCACGAGCUGCUGUCGAUUGCCGCACUGCAAAAGUCUCUGGUGCCGAGUCAAAUCAAUGCCGAGGGCUGGUCCGAGCUGGCUCUGGCUGUGCAUCGCGGCCGGGAUCAUGGUGUGGCUUCGUAUGUUCAUGCUUUGGACAUCUGUGAACGUCGCUAUGCCGAUCAGGGUUCCAGUGCCAAUGUGACUUUUGAUUCGCUGUCCCAAGUGACCAACAUUCCCGGGGAAUACAUCACCAAUUUGCGUGAUAUUUACCAAAACGCUGAAGAUGUUGAUCUGUUGGUGGGCGCUCUGCUGGAGGAGCCUGCUGUUGGCGCACUCUUUGGCCCCACCAUCACUUGCCUGUUGAAGCUGCAAUUCGAGAAGAUCAAGCAAACGGAUCGCUUCUGGUAUGAGAAUGAGAUUCCUCCCUCAUCCUUUACCCUCGAGCAACUGAAGAGCAUUCGUCAGACAUCGCUGUCGGGUCUGCUGUGUGGCUCACAUCAAGUGAGCACAGCCCAGUCCAAGGCGUUCAUUCUAGAGGAUAACUAUCUCAACUCUGUCUUGGACUGCGAACAGCUGCCCAAAUUCGAUCUGAAACCCUGGCAAUCGAAUGCCGAGGAUGAGGUGCACGUGGAGCAUGUGGAAGUGGAGCCCGAGACCAAGGAAGCCUUUGCCGAACUCAGUCCCGAGCUCAUUGAAGCUGCCGUGGAGCGUGCCAAGCUGGAGCUGGAGGAGCGCAGACGCUUCGAAUACGAAGUGUGGCGUACAAAGGGUGGCAUUAGCGCACGUUCGCCCGAUGGCACAGCCGCUUCCUUCAGCAAGGCCAAUCUGGCCGCCUUGAACAUGGCAAACUCCUCGCUGAUCUUCGAGCUGGCCUCCAAUGAGAUUGUGAAGACUCUCAACCACAUUACCCGACGCAAGCGUCAGAUAUUCAAUCCCAAUCAGAAUGCCUUCAACCGGAAUGAGCUGACGGACACGCUGCAAACGGUGGACAUCAGCGGAUUGAUUGGUGGCGCCCAGAAGCACGCAGAGGGCUGCCCAGAGCCCGCACAGCAAUGCGAUGCCAACUCCCCAUUCCGCACUUUGUCUGGCAGAUGCAACAAUCUGCGCAAUCCCAACUGGGGCAAGUCCUUGACGACCUUCUCCCGCCUGCUGCCUGCGCAGUAUGAGGAUGGCAUUUCAGCACCACGCGUGACGGGUGUCACGGGCACACAGCUGCCCAAUCCGCGUACCAUUUCCACGACGAUUCAUCCGGAUAUCUCGAACCUGCACACACGCUACUCCCUGAUGGUGAUGCAGUUUGCGCAGUUUGUCGAUCACGAUCUGACACUGACGCCCAUUCACAAGGGUUUCCAUGAGUCCAUCCCCAGCUGCAGGUCCUGCAACUCCCGCCAGACGGUGCAUCCCGAGUGCAAUCCCUUCCCCGUGCCCGCUGGGGAUUUCUACUACCCGGAGGUGAAUGUGACGAGCGGCGAGCGCUUCUGCUUCCCCUCCAUGAGAUCGCUGCCCGGACAGCAGUCGCUGGGACCCCGUGAUCAGAUCAACCAAAACACCCACUUCCUGGACGCCUCGAUGGUGUACGGCGAGUCCACUUGUGUGUCCAACAAGCUGCGCGGCUUCUCUGGUCGCAUGAACAGCACUGUGCAUCCGAUACGCGGCAAGGAGCUGCUGCCACAGUCAAACUCCCAUCCCGAGUGCAAGUCCCGCAGCGGCCUCUGCUUCAUUGGCGGCGAUGAUCGUGCCUCCGAGCAGCCAGGACUCACAGCCAUGCACACUGCCUUCCUGCGCGAACACAACCGCAUUGUGGAGGGACUUCGUGGCGUGAAUCCCCACUGGAAUGGCGAACAGUUGUACCACCACACGCGACGCAUUGUCAGCGCUCAGGUGCAGCAUAUCGUCUUCAAUGAGUUCCUGCCCCGCAUCCUCAGCUGGAAUGCUGUCAAUCUGUAUGGCUUGAAGCUGCUGCCUCAGGGCUACUACAAGGACUACAAUCCCUCGUGCAGUCCCAUUGUUUUCAAUGAAUUUGCCGCCGCUGCCUUCCGCAUUGGUCACUCCCUGCUGCGUCCGCACAUUCCCCGUUUGAGUGUCCAACAUCAGCCCGUGGAUCCUCCCCUACUCCUGCGUGAUGGCUUCUUCCGCAUGGAUGCGCUGCUGCAGCCAGGACUCAUCGAUGAGAUUCUACGUGGACUGGUGGCCACACCCAUGGAGACUUUGGAUCAGUUUAUCACGGGCGAGGUGACCAAUCAUUUGUUUGAGGAUCGCAAGAUUCCAUUCUCUGGCAUUGAUUUGGUAGCUCUCAACAUUCAGCGAGCUCGCGAUCAUGGCAUUCCGUCGUACAACAAUUAUCGCGCUCUUUGCAACCUGAAACGUGCCACCAACUGGAACGAUCUGAGCCGCGAAAUACCCACCGAAGUGAUCAGUCGCUUCCAGAAGGUCUACGCCAGCGUGGAUGACAUUGAUCUAUUCCCCGGCGCCAUGACAGAGCGUCCUCUGCAGGGCGGCCUCGUCGGCCCCACUCUCGCCUGCAUCAUUGGCAUUCAGUUCCGACAGCUGCGCAAAUGCGAUCGCUUCUGGUAUGAGAAUCAAGCGCCCGAGGUGAAGUUUACGGAAGCUCAGCUGGCUGAGAUCCGCAAAGUGACGCUGGCCAAGAUUGUGUGCGAGAAUCUGGAGAUUACCGGCGACAUGCAGCGCGCUGCCUUCGAUUUGCCCAGCAAUUUCUUAAAUCCGCGUGUACCCUGCGCUUCUAUGCCACAAAUAGACUUGAAUGCCUGGCGUGAGAAUGUCCAAGGCUGUCAGAUUGGCAGCCGCAAUGUGCGUGUGGGCGAAUCGGCCUUCCCAUCGCCCUGCACCAGCUGCGUGUGCUCCUCAGAGGGGGCUCAAUGUGCCUCGCUGCGCAUCACGGACUGCGGCCAAUUAAUACGUCAGUGGCCCAAGGAGGCUAUCCUACGCGACGAGGUGUGCAACUCGCAGUGCGGCAUUUACUUGACCGGACAGCAGGCCAGCGGCUUUAAUCCCCAGCAGCGCCAGGGACAGGCACAGCCGCGUGUUACACGUUCGCGUAAUCAGAAUCUGUUCAAAUUUCCCGAUCUAACGCCAUUUAUUGCAUCCUUGUAAAGGGAAAGGAGCAGGCAGUGCAGCCUCUUCCAGGUCGAUCGACAAUUUGCGCAUUUUGUAAAUAACUUUUGCGUUUGUACAUAAGUUUCUUUUGAUGUUUUGCUUACCUAAAGACUUGUCCAAUGCAUACACGAGAUAUAUACACACACAUACAUAACAUAACUCCACAAAAGAUACAAGACACUCGGCCCAAAAACCAUCAUCAACUGGCAACAUGCUAGUUGAAUUUAGUUAAAUUUCUCCUUUUAGGCUCUCAAAUAAUUGUAUAAGAAAAAAACAAAAACAAAACUAAUUCCACAAGCAUUUCGAUAUGUGUGUUUCUUGCUAUUUUACAACAUUAAACAUUUCAGUUUAAGUAUGUACAAUAAGUGCAUAUCGAUGUAC